UGCAAGUGAUCGAUCUCACUGGUAUAGUUGGUAUUCGCAGACUAGUUACCAAUUCCCUGCUAAUACUGAUUUGAUUCUCUAAAAAUCAACAUCGAAGAAUACAAGUUUUGUUAGCUAAAUGGAAGCUGCUGCAGAACUGAGGAAUCUUCAUCCUCCAUCUUCUUCUUCUACUUCAACUGAAGUCAUCCAUGUGUUCUGGCACGAGGGCAUGCUGAAACAUUACACUGGAAAUGGCGUAUUUGAUUCAGGAAUGGACCCUGGAUUUCUUGAUGUUUUGGAGAAACACCCGGAGAACUCUGAUAGAAUUAGGAAUAUGGUUUCUAUUCUCAAAAGGGGUCCUAUUUCACCCAUGAUUUCUUGGCAUACUGGCAGGCCUGCCCUCAUCCCUGAGUUGUUGUCUUUCCACACUCAAGUGUUAGGAGAGCUCUGGAUAUGACAUGUUAGGUUCCCUGUUGGAAUCUGAGCAACUAAACUAAUGUUAUCCUGGAAAGCUUGGCUUCCUUUUGAAGAUAUGUCCUCAACCUUGGAUGAUUUAUGAUCCCAUAACAUAUUGAUCAGAAGUGGUUUGAUUCUUCAACUAUGCAGUACAAACAGCAAAAGUUCAACUCUGUGCUUGUUACUUGCGUAAUUACAUUUGAUUCAGUUAGCUGCAGAUGAUAUAAUUUUGACUUAACAGGGGAAGGGUUACCGAAGUAUUAGUCUUUAAAAGAAAGCUUCAGUAUAUAAGUGCAACAAAGCUUUCUUAUAUAAGUGCAUCCACUUGCUUUCUUCAGCUUAUCUUUUUCACAUUGUUAUUGAAAGCAAAUUGUACAGAUGACGUAUCCCGACAGUAUUUGGAUUAAAAUGAUAAUGCCAAUUAGGACUCCAAAUUAUUGAAUCCUCUAAGUAUUUUUAUGUGUAAUUCCUCAGAAUACAUAAAUGAGCUUGUUGAAGCUGAUAGAAAAGGGGGGAAACCGAUCUGUGCUGGGACAUUCUUGAAUCCUGGAUCUUGGGAUUCUGCUCUUCUUGCAGCUGGCACAACCUUAUCAGCAAUGAAAUAUAUAAUCGAUGGUCAUGGAAACCUUUCUUAUGCUCUGGUAAGGCCUCCAGGUCAUCAUGCUCAGCCUAAUCAAGCCGAUGGGUACUGCUUUCUGAAUAAUGCUGGUCUUGCUGUACAUUUAGCUCUGAGUUCUGGCUAUAAAAAGGUUGCUGUUAUUGACAUAGAUGUUCAUUAUGGAAAUGGAACAGCUGAAGGAUUUUAUGGUUCUGACAAAGUUCUUACUAUAUCUCUUCAUAUGAAUCAUGGUUCUUGGGGCCCCUCUCAUCCUCAGAAUGGAACUGUUGAUGAGCUUGGUAAAGAAAAAGGUUUUGGCUAUAAUCUCAAUGUACCUCUGCCAAAUGGAACUGGAGACAAAGGAUAUGAUUAUGCUAUGAGAAACUUAGUUGCUCCUGCUAUCAAGAAGUUUGAACCUGAUAUGAUGGUGUUGGUUGUUGGCCAAGAUUCAAGUGCAUUUGAUCCAAACGGAAGGCAGUGUCUGACAAUGGAUGGUUACAGAAAUAUUGGACAAACUGCUCGUGGCUUGGCUAAUAAGCAUACCGGUGGACGCCUCCUAAUUGUGCAAGAAGGUGGAUAUCAUGUCACCUAUUCAGCUUAUUGUCUACACGCUCUUCUUGAAGGGGUGCUGAAAGUACCAGUGUCAUUAUUAGCUGAUCCAAUUGCUUACUACCCAGAAGAUGAAACCUUCUCUGUCAAAGUUGUAGAAUCCAUCAAAGGCUACCAUUUGAACUGUGUACCGUUUUUGAGGGAGGCUUAAUCAGGUCGCCUUGUUUCACUUCUAUGGAAUGGCAGUUGGCCCAGACCCGUAUGUUUAGGAACAUUCUGAAGACCAAACCCUAUCAAAUUUGUGGGUUUGAGUGAAUAAGAGCCAAAAUGCUUCUUUGCCCUGUUCUUCCCUGUCAAAUUCCUCACUUAUUAGUUUUAACUAUUAUGGUAAAAGGCGAACUCCAUGGAUGGUAAUUCUUGAGUAAUACCUGAGGAAUUAUUUUGGAAGUCUUUGGUGUGGCUCCCUGUCAAAUUCCUGAUGAAAUUCUUGUGCAUCUGCAAACUUUUCCUAUCUUUAAUUCUGAACUUGCCUGGGAGUGUCAGGCCAGUAUCAAAGAGAUCCUGCUCGAGAACAUCACUCCCUUUCAAUUUGCUCUAAUGAUGUCCACAUUGAUUUUUCUGCUUGAAUGUUCCGGUGGGUGAUGAUGUACCAAAGAAUAUAUGUUUCAUCACCAAACUAUGCACACUAGAGGAAAAAGGAGAUCCAUGGCAGCCGUGAAUGACCACUUUCUGAUUGUACACUAUUGCUACCAGAGAGAGUAGGCGCCUUUCUGUCUCAAUACAUCAUCUUUCUUGGGGAUUUAUCACCAUGGUUUAAAUCCCUCCAACCAAACCUACAAGUUACUUAGAACAGGCCAUGACCCAAAGGAGUUGUAUAAAGGGGAGAUGGAGGGGACGGAUGUUUUGCUUCGUAAAGUGAGAAUUUUUAUGUUUAGCUGUAGGUGUUGAUUCAUCGUGGCGAAUCAUUGAUCCUGUUAGUUGCAUGUUAACCAUUUCUGGUUUGUGCAAAAAUGGAGUUCUUUACUGGACCAAUCCUUACUCAAGCUCCAAUGCAAACUAUAUAUGGUUUGAUCUUGCUGAAGAAGAAUUUCAGUCCAUGUCUUAGAAAAUCUGGUUACGUUUGUCGUGGUUUGGACCGAAUCUGGCUCUAUCAUCAUCUUACAUCCUUCCUGAUUCUAUUAAGGAAACUAUGCUAUAUGUUCAUAAUGAUGGUAAUCUUGGUACUCAGAGUAGUUGCUGUGGGAUUCUGGGAUCUUGUAGAAAGCAUUUAAUCAAUACCAGAACAAGAGAUUAUCUAAAAAGUGUCAAAACCAGAACAAGAGUAUGCUUUAUUUAGUCCUAUGGAUGUACUAAAUGCAUAUAAAAGUGUCAAAAAAAACUUCAUUUUAAUUUUUUUUGUCUUUCGGUUCUAUUCUUCCCAUAAGGAGGUCCACAUCGACAAUUCUAAAACAUGAGUUCAAAGGGACUAUAGCCAUUUCAAGUUCUUGCUCAUUUAUACUAUUCCCAUGAUAUGUGAUUUUAUUACGCUAUUAAUCCUCCAAAUGAGGUUGAUUUACUGCCACCACGAUGCAUCCGGCUGUCACUA